AUGACUACACCGAAAUGUGGGGCCCUGGUCGUGGGCGCUGGUCCAGGCGGCACAGCGGUCUUGGGAGGCUUGCUGGAACAGCAGCUAGGCAAGAUUGCCUGGGUUGACCCCAGCUUUGAGUCAGGACGAGUUAAUAGGAAAUACCGAGAAGUUCCUAGCAACACAACGGUAAAACUAUUCCAGACCUACAGCACUGUUUGGGAAUCGUUUAGAACCGUGGUCGAGAACGCGCCAAAGCCCAAUGCAUUCACGGUCCUGGACAAGCUGGAUCCAAAUAAAACCUGUCGUUUGCAUUAUGCAGCCGAUAUGGUCCGCGGUCUUACAGAUGGCCUUAUGAAAAGAGACGAUGUUUUGCCUUGUCGUGGAUUCGUCACAGCAGCUAGCUUGAUUGAUAAGACACCCGAGGCUCCAAAAUGGAUGGUCCGUGUCAAGCAAGAUGAUUCGUCCGACGAGCUCGAGAUCGAGGCUUCUCGCAUAGUGCUUUGCACUGGCUCCCAUCCUACAAAGACUCCUCUUCCUGUUUCGGGAUUAGAUAUCGAAACUUUGGAUCUUGAUCUCGUUCUUAAGCCUUCUUUGCUUGCAGAGUCUCUUCCAUCAGACGAACCCAUUACCAUCGCCGUUGUAGGCGCCUCUCACAGUGCUAUCCUCGCCCUCCUCAACUUCGUUGAACUCGCCAACACUUCUCACCCACAACUACGUGUCAAGUGGUUCACCCGUCAUCCUCUCCGCUAUGCAGAAUACAUGGAUGGUUGGAUCCUGCGUGAUAACACUGGUCUCAAGGGCCACGCAGCAGAAUUCGCUCGUGCUGAGCUAGAAGAUAAUAAGCUUGCGACCUCACCUGCGGGUAAAAUUAUUACCAAGAUUGACUGCUCUGGCGGUCCAGAGCGCGAGACUGCUCAAUAUCAUGCUCAGCUCCCUGAUUGUUCGUACUUCUGUGCUGCAGUUGGCUUUACCAAAGAUCCUCUGCCACAUCUGACCAAGGAUGGUGCUCCCCUUAACAUGGAGUUUGAUCAUGAGACGGGUCGUUUCCAUGAGCGUGGGAGUGACUCAGUAGUGCCUGGCCUAUUCGGUGCCGGUAUUGCUUUCCCAGAGCGUGUCAUCGAUCCUUAUGGCAAUGUCGAGCUUGCAGUCGGCUUCUUCAAGUUUAUGAAGUUUCUGAAAAGGGUCAUCCCUUCCUGGACCGGUGCUUGA